AUUUGGCAUGCGGCGCUGCAACAACAUCGACAUUCUGCAGUUCAGGACAGAUCGACCUUCUUGAUUUCGCAGAUCCUCGUUCUAUACUCAAACCAAGGGUCGAAAGUUGACUGCUCUGACGCAACUCUUUCCACGCUCAAGGCCAAAUGUAUCGCGAUCGUGAAAUACAUUUCUUCAAGGAAGGAAUACUAGACAAAUUGCAGAGCUCCUACUUUCAUUCGAAAAGUUCAAAAUCGCUAUUUUUUCGGCCACGGGCCUGCGCCGCCCAGGUUCCUUCUUUUUUGUAUCAAAGAACCAUAGAUUUAGAUAUGUUUCCUUCGUAAUGUUUGCAGCGAUCAUCAUGCUUGAAGAAUAAGAUUACCCGUCCACCACCAGGAAGUUGAAAGUUCAAAAAGCGAGUCGCAAGUGAGCUGUAUGGAAACGAAAAACAUUUUACGCCGCGCGUUGAUAGAUUGUUUCAGUGGCCUGUUGAUUGAAUUUGUACUAUACCCAAAGAAUAGACCAGAAUCGCAAUUACUUUUUAUCUCUACGAAAAAUAGCUAGAGUCUUCUGACUCGGUUAUUUCUAUCAAAUUCUGCGUACCUACAACUCUAUUAAAGCUAAGCCACAAGGGAACAGCCGAAAAUGUCGGUCCACGUUGCACAGCAGAAUGUGGACAUGGGCUUGAAGAAGUUCAACCUCCAUGCCCAGAUGGAGCACAUCCAGAGUAAGUACACCGGGUGCGGGGGGCCAGACACCACGAAAUGGGAAUGGAUGACCACGGUGCACCGAGACUCGCAUGCCAGCCACGCAUCAAGGUAAGUUUUUUUUUUAGUUGAUGUAGUAACAUGCACUUUCUUUGCUUGCGCGUUCGAAAAAAACGAAAGUGAAACUCUUUCGAUGUGAAACAAGUCAAUUACACUCUUUCUUACACCAUCAGGUUUAACCGGUGCGCUUUGUUUUCGGUGAUAGAAAACGAAAGCAUAGCAAGAGUGCGGUACAACCAGAUCCAGGCCAUGAUACAACCUUGCGGCAAGCCACCAGAGAGGAGAAUGUAGUGGCGUAUUGACGACAACAAACAAACACGGACUUCAACUACAACAUACAUAGGAUGAACAAACUCGACGCCAAAAAGUGGAAAAAACAAACGGUCUUUUGGGCCUCCUAGGCAGAGGUAUUUGUGCCCCCUUCGACCUACCCCUACAACUGUUUGUAUCACGACCAAGUUGUCCUUGUCUACAUUUCCUUUCUACGCGAG